CUGCAGCAGCAACAGCAGCAGCCACAUGUUUCGUAUCCAUCGCUCAAUCGCUCUCCAAGCCGUCACUCGCACCCUUGCGAGUCAGAGUCUCCCGCCUACCCCAAGAACGGCUCCAGCCCGUCCGGGUAUGAGACGUGGCCGCGAACGCGCGGGUCGGCCCCAGCCACGAACGGCGCCGAGCUCGCUUCGUACGCGAUUAUCGAGCAGCACGAGCUGCUUGGUCGGUUUGCAAAUGUGAACGAGGCGUCUCUCGAACGCAUUCGCCGACGCGUCGGAUCGGACGUCAUCCUCAGUCCGCACCCCUCUGGCAGCGCUGCGGUCGUCGAGUCUACAGCUUCGCCUGGCUAUCGGAUGCGUCAGCUGCGAGACUUUUAG